CCCUAAAUUCCUUUCGCUGCUGCAAAGUCAAAUCUACUUUAAAUUAUUGCUUUCUCGACGACGUCUCAUGUCAACCUUCUCAGAAAUUAAAGAUAUAUCGGACUUCCUGCCUGAUUAUCCAUACGGCCGACACUGGCCAUUCCACUUAACCUCUCCCGUGUCAUCACAUCUUCGUUAGUUAAGAUGGCCUCUACUACAGCAGGCUCACAGCCAACUACCACCAAUGCUGAUCAUAACGGAGACGAUAGUAGUUCAAGCCCCACAAAUUCGCCCUUGUUGUUUUUUGUCGCUCUUGGUUUCGGUGUUGUAUUCACGAACCUUUGGUAUGUCAAAGCUUAAGUUGCCCUUGAAACGUGUGCUAAUGCUAUCGGUUGCUUUUAGGAUUAUUGUUGGAGUCAAGUAUUGCUUUCGGUAUAACCAACGGAACCGCCAGUUGCGUAAUGAGGAAACAGGCGAACCAAUAGACCUAGUGACCAUACCUCGGACGCACAGGAGAAGAAGAGAGAAAAAGUUGAUGACUAUGGAUGAGGUAAAUGAACGGUUUCCACUUGUCAAGUACAAAGUGUGGAGAUCUUCGCGAGCGAAUGAAGGUCUUCCAACUGCCGGUGGAAUAUCGGCGCCGAAUAGCAGGUCCCAGAGCUUAAAAGAUGAAAACGGCGUUCUGUCCUCCGCUAUUGGGGCGCCCUCUUCCACAACAAAUUCAUUAAUAAAGAACCACCGCCGAUGUGACUCGAUUGCAUCACAGCCGUAUAUACCACUUGACCAUGCGCAAACGACCUUAUCGCAACCGGAAGAGAAGCCAUGCACUGACCAUGCGUUGACCGUAAUGGCUGAUCCUGAUGGACCCCAUGGCUCAGACACGAAACAGUUACAGAAUGACAUCUCCCAAGGGGAUGACAGUGAUAUCGAUAACCAAAUUCGCACCGCAGUACCAGCGGAACUUUUACCCAACCCAGGCGAUUCGUGUGCAAUUUGUCUCGAUAUAAUUGAAGAUGACGAUGACAUACGUGGGCUUACUUGUGGACAUGCUUUCCAUGCUUCCUGUGUCGACCCCUGGCUAACGAGCCGAAGGGCCUGUUGUCCCUUAUGCAAGGCUGAUUAUUACAUUCCAAAGCCUCGCUCUGAUCCCUCUGAGCAAAUAGCUAAUCUAGAACGUUCAGGCCGCCGCAAUACAAUGCGAUUGCCCGUUCCGGCCCAGCCACAGUCUGUUUUCAUAGGAAGACGUGUUAACCCGUUUCGGAAUCCCUUGGUUUUGUCCACAGAAGGACAGGCCCUACCGGGGAGUAGAGCCCAGUCCUCACGUCUACCGCCACCGCGCUUGUGGCGAGCGCAGGGUCACCGCUCCCGGCUUGGUAAUAACCAGUCAGAUGCUACUUUAGAACAUCCCGAACAGCGGACUUGGCGGACUAGACUUACUCCUCUUCGGACUUUGAAUCUUUCCUUUUUGCCUUUUCCUACUCGAAAUCAAUUUUCAAGGGAGAGCGUGCAGCAAUCUACGAGCACCCCACGUUCCGCCGGCAACCGGACACCGAGCCAGCUUGAAGCCCAGUCCACCAAUUAACGUGCAUCAAGAAAUAUGUAUCGUAGCUCAUCUCUUCAAUUCCUAAACAAUCGUCUUUCCCCUUAGCUUCAUGGCAUCUGGAAUGCCAUCUGGCAACUGCACGGUUAUUUACAGCGUGCAAGCCACGCAUAGCCACGCAUAAAUAUACAUACCAUUCUGUACAAUACAUCGAGAUAUUUGACUAUUGCAAGACAGCAUUUGUCUUGCAUAACGAUGAAUGGAGUUAUCGCCUAAACUCCUACAUUUAGUCGAAGCUGUCAAGUUUCAUCGUGCAGGUUUCAUGAUUUGAUGGCGCAGAGGUUCUUUCGGGCUUUCGGGUUUCAAAGCAAGUCCUGGGUAUUUCAGGGGGUAGCGUAGCUAGCAGGUCAUGACUUUUCUACACUUCAGAA